AUGAAGUUUGAUGUGUCAAUGUGGAUCCAAAUAGACCAUUACUUGCUGCCGCUAUACUUCAAUCGUCCUCUCCCUUUAGUGUUCUACAACAAAAGUAACUUUCUGAAAUUGGAAACAGAGCGGUUCAAUGAUGCUGUUAAUGUCAUCCACUCUCUACAGAGCAGUAAUGGUGGGUUCCCUGCUUGGGAGCCUCAAAAUGCUUACAGUUGGCUAGAGAAAUUCAAUCCAACUGAAUUCUUCGAAGACACGCUGAUUGAGAGGGAGUAUGUUGAGUGCACUGGUUCUACAAUGCAAGCCCUGGUACUCUUCACAAAGCUACACCCUUGUCAUAGAACAAAGGAAAUACAUCACUGCCUUGCCAAAGCAAUUCAUUACAUUGAAAAUACACAAAAUCUUGAUGGCUCAUGGUAUUCUAUCUUCUAUUCUCUCUGAUAAAUAUACACCACAUAAUAACCUAGUGUGUUAAACAUGAUAGACUUUCUUUAAAUUUAAUUAACA